CAGACGCAGAGAUACGGCCGUUGGGCGGGGCGGGGCCACGGGAGAAAGGGGCGGGCUCAAUCACCGCAAUCCCCUUUCCUACACCCGAGCCGCCGCGGAAAAAGAGAUUAAACUGCAAUCGCGAUGUGUGGCUCUCUCCUCUGCCCUUUCGUCGCGCCGGACCUGAUCGCGGAUUGAUGCCGCCCAUGGCCGGCGCCAAGACCGCUGAGUCGAAUAAGUCCUUCUGCAUCGAGGCCCUCCUGGCGCGGAGUUCGCCGGCGGGGGACUCUUGCGACAGGUGCCCGGUGGCCUCACCACGGCCCGCACCCGUUGGCCUUGCCGGGCUACCACUGGCAGCAUUACCCGUUUUUUCGCCGCACCCAUUGUACCAGUACCAUCAUCCUCACCAUGCACAGAUACAUCCACCGGCUGCCGCGGCCGCCUUCCCUGUUAUGACUAGCGCCUUCCACCAGCCUCUGGCCGAACAGGCGGCUGCCGCUGCCGGACUCAAAUCUGGACAUUUUGAAUGGCUAGCCAGGACUGGCAUGUUCUACCCUCGUGCAGGGGACGCCACCGGUCAAGGCCAGCCGAGUGUAUUAGGUAAAACACGUCGCCCUAGGACCGCUUUUACCAGCCAGCAACUUUUGGAACUGGAGAACCAAUUUCGCAUGAACAAGUACCUUUCCAGGCCCAAAAGGUUCGAAGUUGCUACUAACCUCAUGCUCACUGAAACCCAGGUGAAAAUAUGGUUCCAAAACAGGAGAAUGAAGUGGAAAAGAAGCAAAAAAGCACAGCAAGAAUCUAAAUCUCGGACAGAUUCUGAUACAACAAACAAGAAUUCAUCUAGCCGUCCCCCAGAUGGCGUUGUUGUUAUGGAACACACAAAGAGGACCACUUCCGACGAAGAAGAAGAGCACGAUGUUCCUUCAUCGCCAUUUUGCGAUUCUUCGGACCGAAUUUUGAAUUCCGAUCACCUACCCGUAGGAAUCUGCCACGCGCAAAUCGACAUCAAUGGCGAAUGCAGCGACACUAGUUCUCAUGGACCUUGCCCUUCACCUAAAGACACAAUUUAUAGGCCGUAUAUCGGCUAGCAUUGAUCGCGAUAAAUAUAUGGGGUGAAUCACAUGGGAAAAAACAAUCUAGCAAUUCAGUUCAUCUGUCGGGGGCUUUUGAUGUCUGAGUACAGACUCCAGCAUUAACAAAAGUUUUCUAGUAUGUGAAAUUAAAGCAGCAAGUUGUUACUCAUCGAAAAAGCUGCCAAAAUGAUUUAGUAUUUUCAUGAGAAUUACGUGUCAUUCUGGAUUAUUCAGAAGAACAUCAGAAACUAUGCUACUAUGAUCCUCAUUCACAAAAAUGUUUUGUAUUAGAAUGUCUGUAAUAUUUGUAAAAUGAUUUCCUAACAUUCAUCUGACAGCGGUAUCAUAUGAGUAAUUCUCGAAGUUAUUAAAACGCCUUCUAACGAGCUUGUAUCACAACCUCGACUUAGAAAAACUUAAAUGUAAUGAUGUAAAAUGUAUAUCUACUAGUUAUUUAGAAAUGAAAUGCCAGAAGAAAGCAAUAAACUAAAUUAAAUAUUACGGUUGCAAAAGAAGACAAAAAAAAGCAAAAAUGUUUUAGUCAUCAUAUUAUUCUCUUUGUUUUAUUACAUUAAUUCUAAAAGAACGCAUUUAUUCAGUUGGUCAUCAAGAAGUCAUACGUAUAUUAUACGCUAGUCAUCAUAUGUAUAUUUAUCCUUUUCUUUUACAUAUAUUUUGAAAGAUAAAUUGAAUUCCAGAUAAUUCUAUGAAACUUGGGAACUUGAAAUUAAAACGGAAGUUUUAAUUUCAUAAAAAUAUAUUUCUGUUGUAUGCUGUUAUACAGGAUUUACAUAAUCUUACAUAUUUUAAGGUUGUGUAAUUAAUUUCUAUCAAUCUAAACUACGGUCUAUUGCAAAAGAAGCGUAUAUGUUAGACUUAUAUUUAUAAUUAAAAUUUUACAUGAAAAAAUAAAUGUCUAUAAAAUUAAUUUUCAAAAACUUGUUUAGGUUAACGUAACUUCAUCUUGGAAUUUACUUUUCCGAUUUCUUUCUGUUUAAGGAAAAAGUAAUAAUAAUUAAGUCUUAUUUCACUGGAAUGAAUCAUGUUGACUUCCUUAAAUUUUAAUAACAAGACAAAAGUAUUCAGUUUUGAAGAACAGUUUCAAUUUUUUUUUAAAAUCUUGAAUCUUUAAUAUGCAAUUCUAUUAAAAUAUCCUAAGGAAAGCAAGAAUGCAUACUGCAUGAUAUUUUUUGAAAUUACAUCAUAAAUUGUUAUGCAGAACAGUGAAAGGUAAUUAAGUUAAAAAUUUUCUAUAAAAAUAUUGCAGUUUCGUUAUAAAUAGUUUUGAGAUUUCAUAUAAUCCAAAAUUUCAGUCCAUUUAAUUCUUAAAGUAUUCGAAUGAAAGAUUUUAUGAUAAAACUAAUCUCAUUGGUGAGUGGCAAAAUAUGUUCCAAAUAAUUUUACAAAAUAAUUUUGAGUAUAAUUGCCAUUCAAAGAUCUUUACGUUUUAAGACUUGAAAUAUGUGUGAUUAGUAGCUAUAAGAAAGGUACAGAAUUAAAUUAAGAAAUUUUAUCACUGAGAGAAAAAUUGAAGUUUGUAAACCAUGAAAGAAAAAACUGUCCUUUUUUCCAGAAUGGGGGAAUUCGAGAGCUAAUUUUUUAAAACUCUUCAGCCUUUGGGUUUUGACUAUGUACUGGUAUGUACUAUGUAAGUUGAACACUCCAAAUGUAUUUACGGGUAAAAUGCAUGUGUCAUUGUUAAAAAUGGGUAAAUAAUCGCCGGAAUCACCGAAAAUGUACUGAAAACAUAUAAUUAUUUUAAUCCGAAAUAGUAAUUUCAGACAACAAUAAAACUUUCUUGGAUAUGGAUUCAAAAUAAGGAAUGGAAGUUGACAUUUAAUAUGUAUUUGAUCAGACUGUAAAAAAUAGUCAUCUUUUUGAAAGUAUAAAUACGUGUAAAGAGAGCUGCAGUACAUUUUACAUAUUGAGAAGCGCGCAAUAUCAGUUAUAAAUUACAUUGCAAGAUGUUUUUGAGUAAUAUCUCAUAAACGAUCAUGAAGUUCACUUGUAAAUAGUGUAUACAUUGUGUGAAAAAUAUUAAAUAUAAAAAAUUGUACUU